CUUAAGAGGGUAAAUAGUAAAUAGUUUGGGAACCACUGCAAUAGAUCGAUAUAUUGCUACCAACAGACGGCGCGCUCUGAACAAGAAUCUACAAAAUGGUGACAGCUGGAACGUAACAUCCUCUGUUGAAAAUGUGAAGAAAGCAUUUUGCGUUCAUUUAGAGGCCAGCGAUGUAGGAGGAUGAAUUAGUUAACAGCAUCAUUACUUGCGGUUGUCUUAUUGGUGUAAAGUUCGAGUCUGAGUCAACGAGGAGCUUGCCACGACACUCAAGCCACACAAAGGGUUGUGACGGACACUGAUAAAGGCCAAUCGCUGACUGGUGCGUGUAUGUUCGUGAUCAAUGACGGUAAAAGAUGAACUCCAAUCAGACCGCAGAAUAGGAGAGGGGUUGGUUUGUUGACAGGAACAGUUUGAGAAGGCUGAGUGGUGUAAAAGGAAGUAGCAAGCUAGCUGUAAGAGACGGAAUUCAACUUUCUUUUCCAUGGUUCUUGUCGUGAAUUAUGAUUUUUAAGGCCCGGUCUGGGCAAAAAUGCAAUGGAGGUCAUUAGUAGUUGGUCUUCUCUUGUUAAGACUGGUUGUCAGUUGUAUUCUAUGGCUUACGUUUGGUUUGGGACCUAGUUGGGGGUUCAACUUCCCAAUAAAAUUUAAUUUCAAUUUGCACAAACUAGAGCUCUUCAGAGAGAACGACGGGACAGACGCUAAGACUAAUACGUGGUUAAACCAAUUGCAUAGGAAUGGAAACUUAGACCACAGCACCUGCUCCAAAAACACUGGAAACUCACCUAAGUCCUAUCUCAGCCUUCUGGAGGAUGGCAGGGACGAGUAUGCGAGGAAGUACGGUUCUUUUCCAGAUAAUUUGAAGUCAAAGAUGAGGGGUAUGGCCAAGGAGAUGUUUUAUUUCGGAUAUGAAAACUACAUGAAAUACGCGUUUCCAGAGGACGAGCUCAACCCCAUUGACUGCCAAGGAAGAGGACCGGAUGUCCUCAACCCGUCAAACAUCAACAUCAAUGAUGUCUUGGGAAACUAUUCUCUGACCCUCAUUGACACUCUUGACACUCUGUUGGUCCUGGGGAACGUGUCCGAAUUUCACAGAGCUGUGAAGUUGGUGAUCGACACUGUGUCCUUUGACAAAGACUCCACCGUCCAAGUGUUUGAGGCAAACAUAAGGAUCCUGGGCGGCCUCAUCUCUGCUCACAUCCUCCUUACCGACUCCAAGCAGCCAUUUGGAAAUGUGGGCCUGGAGGAUUACGACAAUGAGCUCUUGCAUCUGGCACAUGACUUAGCCGUCCGACUGCUGCCCGCCUUUGAGAACACCAGCACAGGCAUCCCCUACCCCAGGGUUAACCUGAAGAGUGGUGUUCCCCCGGACAGCAUUAACGAGACCUGCACGGCCGGGGCUGGCUCCUUGCUGGUGGAGUUUGGUAUUCUUAGCCGUCUCAUUGGAGACUCCACAUUCGAAUGGGUGGCCCGACGGGCUGUCAGGGCCCUGUGGAGCUUGAGGAGCAAUGAGACGGGCCUGCUAGGAAAUGUAGUCAACAUCCAGACCGGCCAGUGGGUGGGCAAGCAGAGUGGACUAGGGGCGGGAAUGGACUCCUUUUAUGAGUACCUGCUCAAGUCCUACAUCCUGUUUGGAGAGAAGGAAGACUACACAAUGUUCAAUGCUGCCUAUGAGAGCAUUCAGAACCAUCUGAGAAGAGGGCGGGAGGAGUGUAAUGAAGGGGAAGGGGAUCCUCCGCUCUAUGUCAACGUAAACAUGUUCAACGGGCAGAUCAUGAACACCUGGAUCGACUCUCUGCAGGCCUUCUUUCCAGGGCUUCAGGUACUGAUGGGAGAUGUGGAGAACGCCAUUUGCCUGCACGCCUUCUACUAUGCCAUCUGGAAGCGCUUCGGGGCUCUCCCCGAGAGGUACAACUGGCAGCUCCAGGCGCCAGAUGUCCUGUUCUACCCCCUGAGACCCGAGCUGGUGGAGUCUACCUAUCUGCUCUACCAGGCAACCAAGAACCCCUUUUAUCUGCAUGUAGGAAUGGAUAUUCUUGAAAGUAUUGAGAAGUAUACCAAAGUCAGGUGUGGGUAUGCCACCCUCCAUCAUGUGGUAGACAAGUCCAAAGAGGACCGCAUGGAGAGCUUCUUCCUCAGCGAGACCUGUAAAUACUUGUAUCUGCUGUUUGAUGAGGACAACCCCUUGCACAAGUCUGAGAACAAAUACAUCUUCACUACGGAGGGCCAUGUAGUGCCAAUAGACAAGCGUUUCCGCGAGAAGCAGUGGAAGGACAUGCUGCCCUGCGAGGAGGCCGUGCUUUCAGACCAGGACAGAGCCCAGCCUCCUGCCAACACCAGCAACUGUGAAAGGAUCCCUGACGAGAGACGUUACGCCCUGCCCCUGAAAAGUGUUUACAUGAGACAGAUCGAUCAAAUGGUGGGACUGCUCUGACGACCUCGGCCAAAUGGAAACUAUUGACCGAGCCGGGGGGUGAGGGGGGUGGGGUCUUAAGGUUGGGAGGCGGGCCUUUCUCCUCCCACACAUGCCACAUCCAAUCGCCGCUGCUGUUGGGUAAGAGUCCGGAGCUCCACCCCCCUUCCACGCCCUCCUGGAACCAAGGCUGAUUUGGAGGUAUUCAACAACACGGGUUUUCGCUUCUGAGAACAAGUACUUUUUUCAAUUGUUGAGUUUUGAGGUAUUUUAUGCCGAUUAUACCAGAUACUUCCAGGUUACUUUGUAUAAUUGUCUGUCUGCACUAUUUUAGUCACAUAUUGGGUUUUUUUUUUUUUUUUCCAAAGCAGAAAGGUGUUUUUUUUCACUGGGAAGUCUGUCUGCUUUGCUGGAAUCUUCUCUCCACCAUACUCUCAGAGUGUGACCUUCAGUGUUAAGGCUUUGUUAAACUGUGCUCAGGGCUGGAUAGGGCUGUCUGUGUUCAGGUUUCACUUUUGGGAUGCGGUGUUUUAUUGUGGGUGAGAGAAUGAAGACAUGGGAGAGCUUGGACUCAUCCUACAUCAGAGAGGUGGCUGUCACUAGCACAGCUGACAAUAUUUCAACAAGAGAGAAAGAUUGUCAUGCUUUACAGGAUGAACAUGCUCAUGUUAUGCGGUAGUCUUUUUUAAGAAUUGAUUCAGUUAUAACAAAUUGACAGUAGAAGAAGCACCCUUACUUUAAAAUGUAUGUUUGUCCCAUAAAUUGCUAUGAUUGCUAUAAUUGUUUUUUGUUUUUUUUCUUGAAAUCUGGUAUUUCCUAAACUGUUCCUGGAGCUUUGCUUCUUAAUUGCCCUCAACCUGAAGGUAUUGCAACAGCCCAGUCAAUCACAGGUAUGUUUUGGAGUGGAAUCUAUUGAAAUAAAUGAAAACUGAAUUCAUGUAAAAUUAGUAAAUGCAAUGUAGUGUGCUUUGGUGAAGUUAUACUUGUCAGCUGCUCUAUGAGGGGAUAAAAGACACUUAAUUUAAGUCCUAUGCAGUGUCUUUUGUAGUGCAGUCCUUACCACUGAUCAGUCUGAUCGUGGGCAGUGUUGAACACAGUCCAUGUAUAUACUCAGUUUAUAAAAUAGCCUGGGCUGUUCUUUAACAUGAUGAAGUGGUCAUUCAUAAGCCACGGCAACUGGGAAAUUAAAGUGAGUUUUAUUGCACAUUCUAAACAAAUAGUCUCCUUGCCAGACCAACACCAUUUUAAUUUAUUUUCGAAAGCUUAUUGAAGUGUGUAGUUUUUGUUGUUUUAUCAGGAGCCUGUUCUUUGAGGGACCUGUGGUCCUGGUGACUCUGCAUGAUGCUAAAUGCCAAAUAGGGAGAAGAGAGGUUCCGUUUUGUGGUCAGCAAUGCAGUGUGCAUUGGCUGUAAAGUCAUCCUAUUGUCUUCCAGGCUGUCUGUAUUUUGCAAUUUGAUAACUUCCAUUCUCUCAUUAAAGUGCAUUCAUGUGUUUGUUGCUUAAUAUUUUGAAUGUAAAAAAAAAUCUAUGCCUUGGUGGUCAUGCAGCAAGACUGUUGGACAAGCAAAAGACAGAAGCAUUUUGCUAUUGAAUAUCUGAAAUGCAAUUCCAUGCGCAGAAACAAACCUUUUCUGUGCCUUUAGCUUCUUGCAAUGACUUUGACUCAUGAUUUCAUUUAGCAACAUCCAAUUAUGUUCAAAGGAGAACCCUCCAAAUGCUGUGAUGUGUAUUUCAACUUCUGCACUGAAUAUGACAUCUUCCCCUAAAACUGUUUCAUAUCCUCCAUGAGUUGAGCAGAAAAGACAUUCUGUUUCCAUGGACACAGAUAAUGUUUUGUCAUAACCAUAGCCACAGGCCUUUAUGAGAAAGUAAUUUUAUUAUGAUAUAUUUGUUUUUCGUGGUUGCAUAUCCAUGAAAUAAUAAUUCUUUUCCUGAAGUUUUAAGGACGUUCCCCAGAACAAGUGACCUUUUUUUGCAAAAUGCCACAAACAGAGUCGUAUACCUAAGGGUAAAUUCGUAUAUUUUGUUUGAAACAAUGACCACUUUGUUAUUUGAGUAGUCUGUGUAUUGCAAUAUUUGUCUGACCUUGACACUCUGAAACAUCAUGCAUACAUGUAUAGAUAACACUUCCAGCUUGUUAAAGGUGCUAACAGGCUAAUAUUCUUAGACUAGGGAAAGGAAACUCAGGGAUUGACAAAUUGUCAUCAAGUUCCUCUUUUUCUGUUGUACCCGAGCAGAUUGACUUGCUUGACAUAUGGUUGCCUCUGUUGUCUUGGGUCUGUCUCUUGCGUUGAUCUUUUAGAUCUGUUUGAUGUUCAGAAUCAAAUCCACAUGCUUAGGGGGAUUCCACAGGUUUUGUUUCUCUGUAUGCCUGGCUCAUAUUAUAUCAUGGUAUAGCAGAAUGGGUUAUGUACAUAUUAGGCAUAUACUAUAGUACUAUUCUUCUAAUGCAUUGUAAUAUUGGUGUAUGCAUAUGUUUAAGGUUCUGGUACUACCUCUACUGUAGGUUUAAUCAUGUCAGGUGUAUUUUUUGCUCAAAACAGUGAAAAGACCGUCAAUUUCCAACCCAAACCGCGCCUCUGCUUUUGUUGUGGUCUCGGCGCUAGGAUUCUCCCUGGUGUCUAUGGCAAAUGAACCAUUUAAUCUUUCCGCAGCUGGUGAGCCAUUUAGCUUUGGGAUGCACAGUUCAUUUCCAGUGUAUAGCUGCAUUGUAGGAAUGAAUCAUAGUGGAACUGAGCGCUGAUGUAAAUCUUCAGCAGCCACUGUAUUUUUUUGGCAUCAAGGCAAGGUAGACACCUUGUAAAAGGAGAUUACGUGUACCCCUCUGUCUGGUCCAGAAGCACCAGAGUUGAAUGGGAACAUAUACUUUUUGGGAAGUUCCCUUAUUUUUUUAUAUGUUUCCACUUUCUUAAAAAAAAAAAAAAAACCCAACCGCAAGGAAAACCGUUUCGUCAUUGCCAAUCAGUUAGCUAAUUGUUCAGCUUUAGUGAUUUGGUGGGUGGACGUGGGGUUCACAUAGAUUUCCAUUAAUUUUAUCACUUUUUGUGGUGUCCUUCGGGUUUAAAAAGAGUUGCACUUUUUAAAGAAUAUCAUCAGCAUCGCCUGCUCUGAACCCAUGAAAACUCUGUUCUUUUUUGGUUGUCUACAUAUGUAUGUGAAAUGCCAUAGAAUAUCUUCACAAUGCACGAAGAGCCGGUGCUUUUUUCUCAGACCUGAAAUGCAGGUGGUAUCACUUCACCAAAUGUGCCAUUCCCUGAUAAGAGAGUCUUUACAGAAUGAGUGUAUGUGGUGUUUAUUAUUGUGAAAGAAGCCUUUUUUUUUUGAAGCCUGCAAGAUUGGAAAGAAUGUGACUUCCACAUUGUUCUUUAAUAAACCGUUGGAAACGA